AUGGCUGAUACGGAAUUGCAAUUAGUUGAUAACAACGCUCUGAAUAACACGAGCGAAAAAGUUGAGAGUACGAGUGCGACGGAGGAGCAAGAUGUCCAAGAGCCUAAACCGGAGGCUUGUGACAACACAACCGAGCCAUCGUUACUCGAGGAUGUAACUAUGCCGUCUUAUUUAAGUAUAACAACUAGUACCAUAUCAUCGGCUCAAACAGAAGAGCCGAAAGUAUCUCAGGAUAAUAAUGGUAGCAAUGGAGACGAUAAAAGCGUCUACGAAGUUUCAUCUGAUGAUGAGAAUGAUCGUGAAUAUUAUCGUAAUAACCGUGAGGAUCAAAUUAAGGACAUCCGCAUAAACGACGCUAAAAAAAUGAGAUAUUAUCAAGAAGAGAGACGAAGAUAUCGCAGUGAUUCCGAGGAAGACGACGAUGAUGAAGAUGAUGAGGAAGAUGACGAUGAAGAUGAUGAGAAUGAGGAGGAUGAUGAAGAUGAUGAUGAUGAUGAUGAUGAAGAAGAAGAUGAAGAUCUUGAAAAGUACAAGAGAUAUGACAGGUCUGAGGAUGAGUAUGAAGCGGAUAAAUUUGAAAGAUCGUCAGAUGAUUAUGUAAUUAGGCCUAGCGUUGCAUUAGGAAAAGAUUGUAAGAAACGAAGCGCAUCUAUGGAGGAACUGAGUCCAAGAAAAAGAACCGAGAGAAAUAAUAAGAGACUGGCUCUUCCAGCACAUUUUGAAGAGAUGUCCGGACAUCCUGAAGUAAGCUUGAUUUCCAAUCCGCGGAAAAAUACACCGGGAAGAAACUAUAAUCAUAUUACGAGUAAAGUCAAGCAGUAUAUUCAAGAUGGACAAGAGCGGAGAAGACUGAGUGCUCAGCGUAGAUCUGUUGACAAGAUUAAUGCCGAUGGUAAACGAUUGGCAAAUGAUAAUGAUACUGAAGAAGAAACAGAUACUUUGCGGCUGAAUCCUCAAUGUAAACGUUUGAAAGAAUAUGCUGCGCUUUCGCUCAAAAAUAUUGCUGCUGAAGAUCCUUUGAGUAUUGUUGAAGUUAAUUUAGACAAUCAUAUCACAGCUAAUGGCAAAAAUACUGAAGCAGACACUAAAAAUAAUAAACAAGACAAUGAAAAAGCGAAAAUAGAGAUUGAAGUUAAUGAUGAUGAUGAUGAUGAUGAGGAUACUACAAAGAGCGUUACUAAAGUGGUUGAUAAAGUUAAUGGAGUUAUUGAACAUUCCAAUGAUAUUGAAAAAGUUUACCAGAAAGAUGAGGAAGAAAUAGAUCAGCCAGAAAAUUUAUCUGAGAAUAAUCCAUUGGCAAUUCUGAGUGUCCAAACGUUAACUAGCGAAGAAUUUGCUAGCAAUAGUUAUCGCGAAGUUAAUGAAGGAGAAAUAGAUAACUUUGUUGAAAAUAAUAUAGAGAAAGAAACUGAAGAAAUAACUGUUGAUCCAUUGAAUAUUUUACAAAUAAAUUCUCAAAGUAUCGGAGGACAAGAAUUGAGUGAAGAAAUGUCAGAAGAAUCUCUGGUAAAACAAGAAUAUGAAAAUACUGUGAGAGAAUUGAUGUACCAGCUUGAAAAGAAAAAUUCUGAUUGCGCUCAAAUAGGCCAGGAUUAUCAAAAUGCAGUAAGAGAGAAUUUGGGGAUGAAGACCGAGAUGGAAAAUUUGAGGAAAGCUUUGGAAUAUCAGCAAGAGAUUCAACGACAACAUUUACAACAGCUUCAGCAACAGCAACAAACGGUUUUGGAACAACAGCAAAAAAUUAAAAGUCAAGAAAAAAAAAUGCGAGAACAACAAGAGCAAAUACAAACCCAGCAACAAUUAUUGGAAGAGCAGCGAAUGUUGGUGGAACAAGAAAAAGCGAAGAAUGUCAAAAAAGUCGAAAGUGUGGCCAUUCAAACAGAUGAUCCACCUAAGACAAUGGUGCACUCGAGUACAAAAACUAAUUUAGUACCACCAAGUAGCAAUGAAUCCACGUUUUCAACAGGAUUGACCAUAAGUGCAAUCGAACAGUGGACAGACAGCGAGAGUAGUCCAAUGGUUUCUCUAAAACCGCCUAAUGUAGAUCAUUUGCUUAAUUCAGUUACUUCUGAUAGUGGAGCUAAUUCAGAAGCAAAUACAACUGAAAAGAAAUCAAGUACUGCGACAACAACUCCAAGAAGUGCUUCGCGUGCUGUGCUUACAACAACACGUAUCAUCGAGACACUGGCACGUAUGACUCCAGGAAAGCUGAAUGGCAGUGACUCACAAGGUCAGUCGAAAGACCCAAUCAAUCCGUUGAUAAUGAAGGCUAACAAUUGUAAGAAACGCAAAGCCUCGGAAUCUUUUGGAACAGCAGAUAAUGGACCCCAACCAUUUAAAAUUCCUACUAUAAUAAUCAAUGAUGAGAAGAAAUUCAAUUCAAAUUCUGACACAGAUGCUGCUGUCAAAUCAUCUGGUGCAUCUCAGUCUGCUGCUAGUCAAAGUGGAUUUGAUAAGAAAGCCGGGCAGCAUCUUAAUGAUGGGGAGGAUAAAGACGAUGUCAAGUGUAUCAUUUGGCACGAGGAUGAAGUCACUAAACAACGAAGCUGUCUUAUUCAGGCGAAUGUACCACCAGACGAAUCCGCCAAGACCAAAGGAAAAUUACGUCAAUGUGGUCCUUAUUUGCUCGGUAAUGUUGAAGUUAGAAUUUCAGAAGCUAAUGGAACUCUUAAUAUUUGGGGAAAAGAGUUAACUUCUACUUCAAGCGCCGAAGAAGACGAAGAGUGCGAAGAGUUUAUUAAUUGUGAACAUAUCUGGCCAAAAUCAUCCGAUAAAAAUGGCGUUGUAUUUUCUUCCGAUAGUAAAAAAGUUAAAACCUCCUCGACGAUGCGUACUGGUAUUUCAAAACUAAGAUCAAUGCUUACUAGAACUCCGUCACCUGUCAACGAUCAUGAAGAGAAUCUAUGUUGUUCAAAUAAUCAACGAACAAAGUUCAGAAAACGCAACCAUGGUUCUGGGAGUAACAAUCAGUCGAGUCAUUCAUUAGACAAGAGCUUCUGCUGCCUCCACAAAGGUGACAUUAGUCUUGGAAAUUGUGGAUUCGGUAAAGAUGACAUGAUGGAGGAUAAUAUACACAGCUUGUAUGAUAUGACCAAAACAAUAAUUGGUCGUGAAUCGUCGCGUCCUGCUUCACCGCAUGGCUGGGUUGACGCGCGCACUUUUGUUAAAAAUAAUUCGAGAAUUGAAGAGCCUUGUAGACACUCUUCUCGUCGGUGCAGUUACAAUGAGACUGAUGAUGCUUAUCUGCGUGACUACAAGUCGUGUAAUCAUUCACCCGUAAAUAAUUCUAACCAUCAAGACAAUCCUUUUUAUCAAGAUUUUAAACACUCACGAAUCAACCAGUGCUGUUCCAACUGUCCGAAGAGUGAGACUUUUAUUCGGCCUGGAAAAAUUCAAACUGCUGAGGUUAAAAAACUGCGUGAUAAAGGGAAAAGAUUCAAGACCAUUAAGGAUCUUUUAAAGAGUUGUGGAAAUCCUCACACUACAAGCUUUGAUUCUAGUUUUAUUCCUGAAACUGUAACAACUGCGCAAUCGAACCCAAGUAUGAUGUUCAAUUCAGUAUUUCCAUCUGCUUCUUGCUCAAAACAAACCAAUUCAAGCUACAAAAAGUGCUGCACGUCAUGUGAGAAACGAAUUGGUAUAGCUUCAGAGAUGGAAUCAGAGUUGGAGAAAAUUCGCAAUGAAAUAGCAAAACUUUAUUCCAAGUCAGAUGAAAUGCGGGAACUGCUAAAUACUUUGCGAUCAGUUGAAAACUAA